CAAUUGUCGUAGAAUGCGUCGUUUUCCAGCUGAUUGGCUGAUUUCCACACGUCUGUUACAAGCUAGCUAGGUUGUGGGUUUUUUUCUCAUUAGUGACAUGGCGUCAGCUCCAGCACAGCAGCCCACCCUCACUGUUGAGCAGACCAGAGUGGUACUGAGUGAGGUGAUCCAGGCCUUCUCAGUACCAGAAAACGCUGCAAGGAUGGAGGAGGCUCGAGAAAGUUCCUGCAAUGACAUGGGCAAAAUGCUGCAGCUUGUGCUGCCUGUUGCCACCCAGAUUCAACAAGAGGUUAUCAAAGCUUACGGCUUCAACAAUGAAGGAGAAGGUGUCCUAAAAUUUGCCAGAUUGGUGAAGAUGUAUGAAACUCAGGACCCUGAAAUCGCAGCCAUGUCAGUUAAACUGAAGUCUCUCCUCCUGCCACCACUGUCAACACCACCUAUAGGAGGCGCCAUUCCAGCUUCAUAGGGCUUCUUUACAGUCAAUAUACAGUCAACGGCAAGGUUACUUUCAUCUAAUGCUUUGGAUCAACAUGAACAUACUGCAAUUCCAAGAUCUUGUCUAUUAUCUACUUUUCUUGAGAACUCACUCUUACUCAAUACACUAAUACGUUCCAACAAAGAUGAAACUCAUGCCUUAUCUACAUUAUGGUUUAAUUUAAACAUCCUUGCUAAACCCUGCUAAAUUAUUGCUUUUUUACAUUUUUCAGUAUUUAUUUGUUACAGGUUACAUUGUGACUGUUUUCUUAUGUUACUGAACCUUAUACACCUUUCCUUUAAAGCCUCUGAACACCCACAAAGGUGAUUUCAGUUAUUCUGGCUGAUCAGACCUCUGCUCAGGUGGAAGGUGAGCCAGAGCUCAGAUGGGAAUUUAUUAGAUCACAAAUCUUUUCUACCAAUAAGAAGGAUAAAGCUGUCAUUUGUCCUGCCCUAUCAGGUGCAACAACGCUAACAGGAGACUCCGGAAGAUGUCCAUUAGUCUAUACACACCCACACAAUCCUGGGAAGAGGUCCAAUCAGCCAGGUUAACUAAGAAAACACCCAUGUGGGUGUUCAGGGCCUUACACCAUCUUUUGUUCAUUUUUUAAAAAUAAUUUUAAUUAUACCAUUUUUAUAUGCUGUCAGAUGUAUCAAAUUGUAUUCUUUUGUUAUAUAUUAAAAAAAUUUAUGUGAA